AUGGAAAUGUUUGCCAGGCAGUGCUUUGUUUGGAUACUUUUGGAUGGAGCCUUUUGUUUGUUGGUUCUUGGGCAACAUCAUUCAAACUUCACCUUCAGCAAGAGAUCAUCACCCGAGAUCAACAGAGACCAAGACCCUUCUUCACAGAAAGACUGGGCGCUUCAAACUAGGACCACCAAGCUACCCAUUAGUCCUUUUAUCCCUCUUUCAAAGCAGGGACUUCUGGAAAUACUUGGAGGAAACUCUCAGUCACACACCAACCCGUCCUUAAAGAUAAAGCUUCGUCCCAUCAUGAAAGUCCAAGGGACAUCUAAAUUCUCCAGAAUGUUCAGCUGGGGGGACUUUUACUCAAACAUCAAAACCGUCAAAUUAAAUUUGCUGAUAAUGGGCAAGAUUGUGGAUCACGGGAACGGCUCUCUCGGAGUCUAUUUUCGCCACAACUCCACAGGUGUGGGCAACGUGUCCGUCAGCCUCGUCCCACCCAUGAAAGAUGUGGAGUUUGAUCUGGAGCGCCAAAGCGUGGUCAACCCCAAAGACUCGAAGACGUUCAACUGCAGGGUGGACUAUGAGAAGACAGAACACAACAAAAAGGUGAUGCUGUGUAACUACGACCCGUCCAAGACGUGUGCUCAGGAGCAGACCCAGAGCCACGUCACCUGGAUGUGCUCCAAACCCUUCCAGGUCAUCUGCAUCUACGUGUCUUUCUACAGCACUGACUACAGACUGGUACAAAAGGUGUGUCCAGACUACAGCAGCCACAAACCAGGAGCCUACCUGCCAACAGGUUAG